UGCCUUCUUUGUCGCGUCUCUUUCCGCUUCUCUCUGCUUUAUCUGAAAAUACUUUUCCACCGGUCUCACCCUUUUUCUCUUCCCCAUUUGGAUCCACAUGUACUAGUACUUUACAAUGCUCGUGUUUAAACAGUCAUUGCAGACAUCUCAGUAAAAAAUCCAGUAGUGUCUCCUUCAGAAUCGCUAACUACUUCUCACAGUCAUGGCUGGUGGAGCUUGUAGGAGCUUCUUCAUCUUCCUUCUGCAUUUGCUCGUCCUCACUGUCUGUUCUUCAGGAAGUAUGGUGGGUUUCUCCUGGGAUGCCAGGAGUGGUGUGACUUCAUCGGCUAUGGAGGCAAUGUCCAUCCUCAGGAAUAAUAACAAGACUUACCCUUCUCAGAUCAGAGUCUCCAUGGCAGAUCCUAGUGUUCUGGAUUCACUGUCCAACGCAGGAUUAGAUAUAGAGCUUUACUUAAGCGAGACACAGAUUAAGAAUCUGAGUCAGUCCAAGACUUCCGUAGCCAUUUCACUGCUUGAAACGCACCUGGCUGCCAUUCUUCCUCGUGUAAACGUUAGAAGCAUCGUAGUUGGCUGCAGCCAUAACAGUUCAGUAGCUCUAGUUCAGCUACCAUCUGUCCUAUCCAUCUUGAGAUCAAUCCAUUCCGUACUAAGAGGCUUCAACCUGGAGCAUCGAGUGAAGGUCUCAGUGACAUUCUCGAUGUCCUCCUUACAGAAUAUAUGCAAAAGGCAAGCCAGAGAUCUGCGUGGGAUUGUUGGUUUUAUCAAGAAAUCCAAUUCCUUCAUUGUUAUAGAGAGCCAGAUUCACCAAGAAGUGAGCAUGGGGGACCAGUUUGUCCGAUUGAUGACUGAAACAGCUACCAAAGCAACUACAACUCUUCCUUGCAUUGAUGCUCCCAUGGUUGUGAUAAUCCAUACCUCUGCUGUCCCCAGUGCAGUAGAGCUAGUUGAAUUCUCCUCCAAAAUCUUGAGGUCUGUAGUGAACACUCGAAUCCCAGGCCUUGAUGGCUUAUUUGCAGAAAUUUCUUCAAUGAAAGAAUCAGAGAGAGAGGAGCUGAAGUGGGAAGAACAGAUCUUCCCUUCUUUCCACAGAGAACUCCUAAACAACAUCAAUGACCAGAGACCCAUCUCAGCAGCAAAAACUACCACAGUACAUGAUACAAUCUACCCUCCCCCAGCAAUUUACCCUACAACACCAAUAACAAAUCCCACAACAACACCCGCAGCCACAACCCCUACUACAAAUCCCACACCAAUCAUCACCGUGCCUUCUACGAACCCUGUCACUGUAAUGCCAACAAAUCCUGCUGCUACCCCUGUCACGGUCCCCUCAACCGCACCAGUGACUACUGUACCUUAUACAAAUCCUGUAGAUCCACCCACUACAACAGGGUCAAUCAAUAAUCCCGUUGUAGCUCCAAUGACCCCUCCAGUUACAAACCCAGUUACCGUUUAUCCAGUCCCACCUCCCAGUCCCAGCAGCAUCCCCAUUACAACGCCUGUCACAACACCCCCAGCAAAUCCAGUGGCACCUACUCCGGCAACAGGGCAGACCUGGUGUGUGGCUAAGACUGGAGCGUCGGAGAGUGCACUUCAGGCAGCACUGGACUAUGCAUGUGGCAUUGGAGGUGCAGACUGCUCAGCAAUUCAACAAACUGGAAGCUGUUACAAUCCAAGCACUCUCGAAAACCACGCCUCAUAUGCAUUUAACAGUUACUAUCAGAAAAAUCCAGUGGCAUCAAGCUGUGACUUUGGAGGAACUGCCACGAUAGUUAGCACAAAUCCAAGCACUGGUUCUUGCGUUUAUCCAUCAUCAUCACCAGCUGCAGCCACAACAACUUACGGCUCUGUUUCACCGCCACCAGUGUCGAAUGCCGGCAAUUCUGGUUCACCUUUACCACUGUUGAAUGCCAGCAAUCCUGGUUCAGCUACGACAACCGUUAUUGGAUCUGAAUCCCCUCCUGGUGUCAGUCCUUCAGUGUCCAUCUCAGCCCGCUUGCAGCCAUUGUUUGGCACCAUUGUACUACUGGUAACAUCCAUCAUCACUAGAAUCUUAGUAACAGCUGCAUAAAUUUCCUACUGGGGCAUGCACACCAGUGACCAGACCACUGGGCAAUGGAUUGAUACAGCAGCAGUGGACUGCAACUCCAAUGGUUCAGGUUAUCUGUACAGUACGCAUUUUCAAAGAGAAGCACCAGUAGGACACAGGUGCACAUCACCAUUACCCACCUGGAAGGCUGGAACAUCCACUAACCAGCAGAAGCAUCACUAUGAAGGAAUAGAAUAGAUAUAGAGUAAUUGCCUGAUGUGUUGGUAGACGAAUUUCUUGUAAAUUUCUUGAGUUAAGAGUUAUGUAACAAUAUAAUUUUCAA